AUGUCCGUUAAUAAUAAUAAUCCUGCUGACCGAUUAAGUACGGGUAUGCGUAGGGAUUGGAGAAGUGGUUAUACACCUAUUGAUGAACUUUUACAAGAAAUGAGACUAGAAUUUCCUAAUCCCGCACAACAUUUAAAUUGGAUACCAUUUGAAGAAUUCGUUAAUUGUAUAUUUACAGCUAAAGGUGGAUUUUCGACGAUUUAUGAAGCCACAUGGAGUACAUCCGGAAAAACCGUGUCUUUAAAAUCGUUAAAUAAUUCCCAAAACUUAAGUAUUGAAUAUUUGAAUGAGCUCAAGAAAAAUUGGAUUCUAUUUUUACAACCCCAAUUUUUACGAUGUUACGGUAUUACACAACAACCUACAACAGGAGAAUUCAUGAUGGUCAUGCAAUAUGCACCAUGUGGAGAUCUAAGAUCUCUUCGUAAUAAUAACACAUUAAGAAAGAGACCUCCGAUCCCUAUUAAUACCCCAUCAUUUUAUUCUAAUUUGAUGAUCAGUUGUUGGGACCCAAAUCCUUCAAAACGUCCCGACUUCGAAAAUAUUUCAAAGAUAAUUUACCACUGGUUGGUAGAUGAUUCACUAGAAGCGUCACUUCGGAAAGGUAGUUCAAAAUCAGCAUUAAAGAGUAGUUCCAAGAAACAACAUCCAGAUGCUGUAUAUUUUAGUAGAAUAUUGGAUUUCCCCGAGAUUAAAGAAUCUCGUAGACGUCAAUAUCACUCACUAAAUAUUCCACGUAGUGAAACAUCCACAUCAAAUCAAUUAUUAUUCGCUCCUUUACAAAACUCUCACACCUUACGAAAUUCAUAUAAUAAUCCUCCAACAUUCCGUGAUGCUAACACCUUUUCAACAAAUACCAAAUUUUCACCACCUAAAGAUACGUAUAGCUUCUUAUCACAGCCACCUCCACCACCACCAGGAAUUCAAAGCGAAAGAUCUUUAAAUAACCCUCGAGGAAUUCAAAAUGUUAUCAGUAUAUUCAUACCUGAUGAUGACAUUAAAACAUUACAAACAUUCUGGGCAACAGAAGGAAGAAACAUGAGUAGAAAAAGUCUUUCAAAUUUAAUAUAG